ACAUGUAGUGUUGCCAGCAGCGGUUUCCUCGCGUGUGCGUUGUUGGAGCGAAGAUGGCGGCUCCUCUGGAAGUGAUCGUGACCAGUGACUCCGGCUCGCAGCUGUGGAACAGCACCGUGUUCGACCUGCACAGCGGCUCCAGUCUACUCUCGUACCGGGGAGGGAACAGCUCGGGCCGGACUCUGUGCCUGCUGCGCGGGGAGUUCCUGUUGUCCGCCCAGCUCGGAAAGAACUUCAUCAACCUCUGGGAGAUUCAGAGGAAGGAUCAGCUGCAGCAGAAGAUUGUUUGUCCAGGUGUGGUCACCUGUCUGACUUCCUCACCUGACGGGCUCUUCCUCGCAGCUGGAGUCGCUGAGGUCAUUUACCUGUGGGAGGUUUGCACAGGUAAGCUGCUGUCCGUCCUGAGUCGUCACUAUCAGGACGUCACCUGUAUGAGGUUCACAGACGACAGCAGCCAUUUUAUUUCUGGAGGAAAAGACAACCUGGCUCUGGUGUGGAGUCUAUGCAGUGUGAUCCAGCUGGAUUCAAACCACACCCCCGAUCCUCGUCAUGUCCUGUCUCGUCACUCUCUACCAAUCACAGACCUGCACUGUGGUCUGAUGGGAGCGCAGGCCAGAGUCGCCACUUCCUCCUUAGACCAGACUGUCAAGGUUUGGGAGUUGUCCUCAGGUGAGCUGCUCCUGUCGGUUCUGUUUGACGUGGAGAUCAUGUCGGUGACCUUUGAUCCCUGCGAGUACUUCCUGUUCUGUGGAGGAAGUGAUGGAAACAUAUUCCAGGUGUCUCUGUGCAGCCAGAGUCUCAGUCUGGACAAAUCCUUCCAGUCUGACAAUGAUGGAAACCAGGUCUUCAAAGGUCACAGGAACAUGGUCACGUGUCUCUCGGUGUCGUUGGACGGGACGUUUCUCGCUUCUGGGUCACAUGAUGAGACGGUCCGACUCUGGGACAUCCAGAGUAAACAGAGCGUCCGCUGCCUCGCCCACAAAGGUCCAGUGACGAACGCUUUUAUCACGGCAGCUCCAGCCAACAUGUUCCUGCCCGACAGUCGUCCCGCUGUCCCUCUGCCACGGUUCAGCCGACACCUCCACGCCUCCGAGGGCGACGGCAGCGAGUCGGGAGACGUGUGUGUCCGGAUCGGUCUCUACACACAGGUGAGUCAGCAGGAGGAAGAGGACACGUACCUGCAGAAAGCUGAUAGGCUGAACACUCUGAUGAACGCUGUCACUGAUAAGUCGGUGUUUGGUGACGGUGAAAACACGAAGGUUCGCGUCGCGGAGUUAGAAGAAGAAGUUCAGACUCUGAAGAAAAUAAACAAAGAUCUUUACGACUUCUCUAGUCAGCUGCUAACAAAACCCACAUAAACACACACGCACACACUAACCUUCAUCGAUGUGAAGAAAAUUAAGGAGAAAAAUUAAAAGCCUUUUAUUUUGUAGGA